AAACCGUCAAGUAAUCGUCAGAGUAGGGGGAUUUUAUCGGAAAUUAUAUGCUUGCAUAUACCCCGAAUACGUUCGAUGAACAUUGCUAGUAAACGUAAAUGCGUGACUGAGAAAUGCAUCGCAUCAUAGGCAACAAAUAAAGGAUUUAUUCGAAAAAUCUUUACAUUGACCUUGACGCAAUUUCUUUAAUCUCACGACUUUGCUACAGUAAUUAUAACCAUGUCAGGCACAAAGGAGUUGACAGAACUACAAGUAUUCAAGACAGUCCUAUAUUACAGUGUGGUAAUAAUAGCAUUACCCGUGAUAUCAUUCUUUACAAGCAAGAUUUUCCUUUUUGAUGGUCUAUUGGGACUCAACAAUGUACCAAGUAAUGUAUACUCCGCUGCUGUUGCAGUUUUAGUAUUACAUAUUGCCUUAGGAGCCUUUAUAUACAGAGCAUAUUUUGAUGAUCGGUCGAGGACACAAGUUAAGAGAGAUUAAUUCUUUAUUAAGUACACCUUGGUGACCAUUUACGACAUAAUCACAGUCAAUACAUUUAUUUUCGACAUUGUUUAGCUGAAACUCUUCAAAAGGUAUGCUGUAUAUAAACACAUCUUUAUAAACAGCAUUUGUUGAUAUAUUUUAUCUUACUUUUGCUUUAGCAAAUAAGUCAGGUGGUUGCUAAUUUCACAAAAAUAACAUAACAUCGUCUAUGCUAUACACGAUUUAUAUGUGGAAAAUAAUUAUAUAAGUUAUAAAAUAACUUACAUUCCAAAAUUCAUUUAAAUUAUAACAUUUGCAAUGUGUACUUUAAAUAUACCGUUCGAUGUUUAUGCGAUUGUUAAUAUGUUACUAUAAUUUUCAUAAUAUUACAUAAAAAUACAAUAAAGUACUGCGGUGCACUUACUGAAUA